CUGAUUUCCGGCCGCUCGCCUGCUUGCCCCGCCGCCCGCUUGUCCCGCUCCCUCCCUCCUUGGGACCUGGAGGAAAGGGGACCAUGCCGGAGCCCGGGCCCGACGCCUCCGGCACAGCCAGCGUGCCACCUCCGCAGCCGCCGCCCCAGCCUCCGGCGCCUAAGGAAUCCCCGUUCUCCAUCAAGAACCUGCUCAACGGAGACCACCACCGGCCGCCCCCUAAGCCGCAGCCACCCCCACGGACGCUCUUCGCGCCGGCCUCGGCCGCAGCCGCCGCUGCAGCCGCAGCUGCCGCAGCUAAGGGGGCCCUGGAGGGCGCCGCGGGCUUCGCGCUCUCGCAGGUGGGCGACCUGGCUUUUCCCCGCUUUGAGAUCCCAGCGCAGAGGUUUGCCCUGCCUGCGCACUACCUGGAGCGCUCCCCGGCCUGGUGGUACCCCUACACCCUGACCCCCGCCGGCGGCCACCUCCCACGACCUGAAGCCUCAGAGAAGGCCCUUCUGCGAGACUCCUCCCCCGCCUCGGGCACGGAUCGCGACUCCCCGGAGCCGCUGCUCAAGGCUGACCCCGAUCACAAGGAGCUGGACUCCAAGAGUCCAGACGAGAUCAUUCUGGAGGAGAGCGACUCAGAGGAAGGAAAGAAGGACGGCGAGGCGGCGCCGGGAGCGGCCGGGACGACAGUAGGAGCGGCGGCGGCGACGACGCCGGGCGCUGAGGACUGGAAGAAGGGUGCCGAGAGUCCCGAGAAGAAACCCGCGUGUCGCAAGAAGAAGACGAGAACCGUCUUCUCGCGCAGCCAGGUUUUCCAGCUCGAGUCCACGUUCGACAUGAAGCGCUACCUGAGCAGCUCGGAGCGUGCCGGCUUGGCCGCAUCGCUGCACCUCACUGAGACGCAGGUCAAGAUCUGGUUCCAGAAUCGCCGCAACAAGUGGAAGCGACAGCUGGCCGCAGAGCUGGAGGCGGCCAACCUGAGCCACGCUGCAGCGCAGCGCAUCGUGCGUGUGCCCAUCCUCUAUCACGAGAACUCGGCGGCCGAGGGUGCGGCGGCGGCGGCCGCCGCAGGGGCACCGGUGCCGGUCAGCCAGCCGCUGCUCACCUUUCCGCAUCCAGUCUACUACUCGCACCCGGUAGUCUCGUCCGUGCCGCUGCUGCGGCCGGUCUGAGGCCCGAGAGGGGAGAGGGAGGGGGCGCCAGGCCAUCUUUCCACCCGGGAGAAGACUGGGCCGGACCGAGGGCGCCGUGAGGCGCAGCGGCCUUGGGAACCCGGGCUCGGCGCACUGCCUGGUCUCCUUUCCCCCAAUCGGUAGCGUUUUGUAAGUAUUUGCAAUGCAUUUUCGUGCAAUUCAUCCCUAAUGGAUUUGAGGCGCUUCUCCUCUUGCUUUUGAUUUUGGUUACUACUAAGAAAACAGGAAAAAGAAAAUUCCCAGGUCAAAUAUGGCGGGUGAAAGCUUUU